UUUCCGGCCACCACUGGCUUCAAUAUGGCUACCCCCAGGGAAAGGCGGGGUUAAUGUGAAAGUACAGACCCUGACUCCCUCGUCGCAUGGAUCGUAGCGCAGAGUUCAGAAGAUGGAAGGCGCAGUGUCUGAGCAAAGAGGACCUCAGCCGGAAAGGCAGUGUGGACGAGGAUGUGGUAGAGCUUGUGCAGCUCCUAAAUGGGCGAGAACAGUUUUUCACCACCAGUUCCUGCGCUGGCCGCAUCAUCCUUCUAGACCGGGGUAUAAAUGGUUCUGAGGUUCAGAAACAAAACUGUUGCUGGCUACUGGUUACACAUAAACCCUGUGUGAAAGAUGAUGUGAUUGUAGCCCUAAAGAAAGCGAAUGGCGAUGCCAUUUUGAAAUUUGAACCACUUGUUCUUCAUGUGCAGUGUCGACAGUUGCAGGAUGCACAGAUUCUGCAUUCAGUGGCAAUAGAUUCUGGUUUCAGGAACUCCGGCAUAACAGUGGGAAAGAGAGGAAAGACUAUGUUGGCUGUCCGGAGCACACAUGGCUUAGAAGUUCCAUUAACCCAUAAAGGAAAACUGAUGGUGACAGAGGAAUAUAUCAACUUCCUGAUAAAGAUAGCAAAUCAAAAAAUGGAGGAAAACAAGAAGAGAAUUGAAAGGUUUUACAACUGCCUACAACAUGCUUUGGAAAAAGAAACUAUUUCUAUGACCUCAUAUCCCAAAGAGAAAAUCAAAGAGAAAAAUAACUCAUCAUAUACUCACAAGAAAAAAAGAAACCCAGAAAAAGCAUGUGGCAAAUAUAUUACUGAAGAAAAUAAUAAAGAACUUGAAAAUGAUGAUCAUGAUGAUCCAGGAAUCAGUGUUACUAUCUUCCCUGAAGAUUACUGAGAUUUGGUUCUGAAGUGUCUUGGUAGAAUAAUGUUUCUAAUAGAUAUUAUAAAGCUGCUCUUUAUAGGAGUAUUUUAGUUAGUUGAGUGUAUCAGCCUUUCAGAAAAACAAGAUUUAAUUUUUCUCUAUAUUUUAGGGAAACCCUUAGCUUUUAAAAAUAGCUGUGUAUAAUAUCAAUAUUUGCUCUUAAAUACCAUUGUUUUUAGUCACAUAGUCAUUGCAAAAAUAAAAUUAUGAUUUUUAAUGCUUAUCCUUAAGUUUCAGUUUCUACUUCUAUAAAACAGAAGAACUAUAAUACCCUUUCAAGAGAGCCUUAACAUUAGGAAUAUUAGAGUAAAAAUCAUAACAACA